UCGUACUCUAUACAAGUACAUACACGAAUGACUAUCUUGCCCACCCCCCCCUCAUCCCUUCCAUUGCGUCGGCACAGGGGAGUAAGCGUCUAAUUUAUUGUGUUAGAUCACGUGCAAAUACGCGAUACUCAUUACCUGACGACUAAUCAAUCGCCUUCCAACAUCGACUGAGGUGCAAUUUGGUGCAGUCGACUACCUACCUUACCUUACUCACCUAGGUAUUCUCCCAAGGAACCAUCCAAUCUCAUUCGCACCCGCAUCGCAUCACGUCUUUCUGUCCGCAUCUACGACAGCAAAUCAUCACUGGGCAGUAACCCCGGACCUUUUCUGCCCUCGAGAAUCCGGCCCAUCACUUCCCGGCCUGUCUCGCUCACCCUUCUCAGCCAUUGACCCAGCCCGGCACCCAUUGCCAUUUUCCGACCGCGUGCUUGAAGGUAUCCGUCUAUCGCCAAAUUCCACCGGGCCUAUAAUCCGCCUAUCCUCAACGACAUCGACGCACCUCAGCCAACUAAGUGCAUUAGUCCAUUUUUCCUCCCCUGCUCACCCGCGCUACCUUUCUAUUGCUCGGAAUUUUGAUUUCGAUACGGCCACCUAGGGACUUGGGACUGUCGUACAGCACACUAGCAGCCACCGUCCUGCAAAUCUGCGUCGCUUGACGUCUCACUCACCCACAUCCCGCUACCCGUUGCGGUCAAGUUCCUAUCCGUAUCUUUUGACGCUAUCGCCUCAUCUACCGUCUUCACCCUCACCUCACCCUCACUUUCAACCAACUUCCAACUGUCGCUUUACGUUUUCAUCUCCCGUCGGCUAUUUCCUUCCGACCCUUUACGUGGUUUACACUUCCCACUACGGGAUACCUACCUAACCUACCUCGCCUUACUUUGCCAUCCCCGGUCUGACUUUCAGAACCCCUCUCAUCCCACACUGGCACACACAAAUCUCGACAGCACCUCACCUCACCUCACAGGCUCACAGGCCAUAGCGCCCGCAUAACACACCCAAGGUCGCCGCGGAUUGAUCGACGCUCGCGACAUCUUCGGCUUAUCCACACAGUUCACACCCCUGGUCGGACUGUCGCCGCAUUUCAUUUCCAUUCAAGAUUCUCCAUCUCCUUCAAUGCGAAACCCCAGUCUUGUUUGGAACGGUCGCACCCUCGUGCUCAAGUAAUCUCGAUUUUCUGCCCGACCGAUCUCGAGAGCUCGCGCCCCGUGUCUCCAACUUUGGAUGAACCGCACUGCUGCCUUUAUCGACGCAUUUCACUCACACGUCCCCUCAAAACCCGCCCUUUUCAUCUGCUCACCAUCACCACCACCGCUACCCUGCCAAUUGGGGCGCCUUCACCAUGCCUUUUGAUCCUGGAGAUGACAGGAGGCCUGUCACCCAGGAUGAGGAGCAAUACUGGGAGUCCAUGCGCCAGCUGCAAGAGCAAGACGAUGAAAACCUCGACAAAGAGUAUCUCAACAAUGCCAAGUACUACAUGGCACGCUUAACCGAGCUAAACUUGGAGAAGAACGAGCUCGAGCGACGUGCCCUCGAAGUUCACCGCGCCAUCACCCGGGAACAUAAGCACCUUGAAGAGCUCAACGACAGGUUCCAAAACACUAGGAAGGAUAUGAAGAUUCAGCGCGAACAUCAUCAGAGGCAGUUGGCUGUCUGGUUCGACGAGCAACGCCGGAAAGAGAAUGAUGCACGUGUUAGCAUUGCAGCUGCAGCCCUCGCCGGCGCCGCCCCGCGCCGCGAUUCGGCGCAUAUUGAAGCGUCACAUCUAAGCAAGGUCGCCAGUGCUGGACUCAAUGGCAUGAACACCAACGGAGAGCAUCGGAACGGCGCCGCGGUAACGAUCCCCAGCCAUGUCAGACCUAAUCAGCCUCCUUUGACCAUGAUCAUUGACGCAUCGGGUCGUACUGUUGGACCGGUGAACCGCCUCGUAUCGAGCAACAGGAUCGUCAUAUAUCUAUCCAGCUUACCUCAGAAACGACCUGUUCAGCUCCGCGAUGGCAUCACAUUCAGCCAGGACGACAUGAAGGCCUUUGGAGAGGCGGAAGACAAGUGGAAAGGCGCCAUCAUCCAAGCCACAGGCCUCGUCCGGAAACAAUCGCAGCAGUGCGCUCAAUGUGCUAGCGGCAGAGGCCCCUUUGUGCAAUGCAUUGGCCUCGACAUGCCUGAAUUUCAAGCAUGUGGUAACUGCGUUUGGCAGAGCACAAACUGUUGCGACGUCCCGUCGUCUAUAAAUCAAACGCCGCCCACGAGGGGGUUCAAGGCACUCAACGCCCAAGAUGUAUAUAACGAACGAGCCGCCAACGGCAGCUUCACCAACGGCACUGCAACUCCCAUCGGCCAUAGCCGACCUGGCUCCCGAGAUAAGAGCUUUGCCGAGGGCUCAACGGCUACUGACGAGACAGAAGAGGACAUGACUCCAAUCACCAAAGCGAACCUCUUGUUGAAGCACGACGGGAAGAUCUUUACGCAUCCCGAGUGCAUGGCCGGUGUACCCGUCAACAAGAUUGAUCGGGCACACGAGUACUGGGACCCAGCCUGGCCGGAUAUCGUGCCCACGAUCGAGCCGACUUUGCAGUCAUGGCGAGAUAAGCUACAAACUGCUUUAGAAAAGGGGCAGACCAGCAUGAAGUUCCAACUGGGAAGACAGGUAAACCGAGGAGAGACUAUUCUGAAGUUUUUGAGCGACGCCGACUUUUGCCCCUACCAACUGGUGGGAAAGAAGUAUAUGAUGACCCGGCUGGUUUCCUACGACACCAUUUUCCGUCUAGCCGACACUCUGCGAACUCUGGAAGGCUUCAAGACUCUUGACAUCACCCCUCUGGAGUGGUUACGCCAACGCCUGCAGGAAAUCAUUAUCUUGGAUGGGCCGGACUUCAAUCUGGCCAAGACGAUCCAUGACUUUUACCACGAUUCAAAGUACGUGGCUCUGAGACUCGCAAACGGUAAAAAGAGCAUCGGAAGACCGUCAGGCAUGAAGAUGGCGCCAAAAGACUCGCCCAACUCGGCCAGAGGCACCCCAAACAACAAAAAGCGGAAACUUUUCAUCAACGAAGAGUACCCCCUCGCAUCCCAGCGUCCGCUUGCCCCAACACCGACACUCCAACUCCAGUCCCAGCCUCAAGUCCAGCAGGUGCAGCCUCAGAUGCAGCCCCAUGUACAGCCUCAGGUUCAUCCACCUGUCCAGCCUCAACCGCAACCUCAGCCUCCGCCCCCGCCUCCGCUACAAAGUCAAAUGCCACCAGGCCAACUUCAAUCUCGCAAAAGCGAGACACCUUUGAGUGCGCCGCCGACUCCCGAACUUGCCAGGCAAUCCAAGAAGCUUAGGACAGCAAGGAUCCCUGGGAAGCUCAAAGAUGAAGAUCUACACUAUGACGGCUUCACCGACGUUGAUGACUAUAGCGGCGAUCAUAUCGGCCAACAUGACUGGGCAUUGAACCGGAUCAAGUCCCGACUCAACAGCGUUAGCACCGGUGUGACACAGUACUGGCAUUGGAUUCCGGACAAUGGAGAGCAAAUUUUUGAGCACCAAGUGCUUGCGGAAAGCGACACCUUGACCUGGGGCAUUUACGCCAAGCCGGUAAAUUUCCACUUGGAAUUAGAACACAUCCAGGAGAUGAAAUGGGCCACCGACACUGCCAAGGUCAUUGUGGUUUGCAAGGACGGCGUUGUAAUUUCGCCAGAUGGCAAGCCUAGAGGUGACCUCUUGGCUGAGUUUAAGAGGGACCGCACCAAGAGGCGUUUCUUGGUCUUUUGCCGCAAGAAGGGGGUGGAACUGAUCAAGGUUGAGGCGGACGUCAUACAAAAAGCAUGGGAUGAAUACGAAUCGCCAGAUGUCCCGGCGAUGCCGGAUUCGGAGAUUGAGUAGGACAAUGACGAGGAAUUUCAGUGGCUGUGAAAGCACAAACACGAGAAAGGAAUUGGAGGUCUUUCACGUUAUAAGGAAGGAGAAUGGCGGAGAUACCCCUGGUUUCUGAUUUCAUUGGGUGUCUUUUCCUGCGGCUUCAGUGGAACUUUGGCCUGCAAUGGCGUUGGGUUGCGUACCGUCGCAGCCAUUUUGGUCAUCAAGCCAUGUCGCCAUACGAUUUGGUUCUUUGAGUCCCAGGCAGCAUAUGAUGGCACGGAGGUGCCGAAGCUUGGCUGCUUGCCAUAAUUGUAAUUGGGUGGACGAUGCUGCCUGGGACACUGUAGACAUGGUGGAGUUUUUGGCUUUCUUUUGGGAGAAGAGGUGCCUUUGAGCAUGUCUUGCAUCUUGCAGUUGCUCGUCUAGAGUCUAUGCAUGGCUCUGUGUCUGAGCCCAUCUCUCGUGGUAUGGACGGGAUAGAUAGAAGUGUUGAGAGCGGAGGGA